UUCGGUUCCACUUUAAAACAGGUUUUUUUUCAUUUUUGCCUACAGCCUGCUGAGACACACACAAAAACACACACACACACACACACACAACAUUCAGCAUGUUGAAGCGCUGUCUGCUGAGCAGGCUCCUCUCGGCUCUGAUAAUUCUGAGCAGCAUCCCGGCUCAUGUGGACGGGCAUGAGUCGGCACAAUGCAUCUGUGGCGCUCACAGUCCUGGUGAUGUUGAGAUUGGAAUAAUGCUGCCAUGUCAUCGCAAAGUGACGGCUCUUCAUGCCCGGAUCACACCUGAAAGCUUCCACUGCUCAGAUUUUGAUCUCGAGUCAUUUGUGAAAUCUUUGGCUGUAAUCCACGAAAUUGAGGAGAUAAACGCAGCUCGCUUCCUCCCAGGAGUGCGACUUGGGUAUAUGAUGUGUGACACAUGCUCAUAUGCGAGUAAAGCAUUGCAGAAUGUGGGGCACAUGCUCGCAGUUAACAUGUCUCUAAAUGUUAAGUGUGACUACACUGACUUCAGGCCCAGAGUCAAGAUCAUUGUAGGAGCAUUGUACUCUGAGGUUUCUAUCGCUGUGGCCAGACUGCUGAACGUGUACAUGGUUACUCUGCUGAGUGGCACAUCGUCCUCACCAGAACUGAGUGAUAAAACACGCUUCCCGGUUUUUAUGCGCACUAUCCCAAGCGAUAAACAUCAGACCAAAGCAGUGGCCAGAUUCAUGCAUCAUUUUGACUGGAACUGGGUCGGUGUUGUGUAUGGGGACGACGACUACGGCAGAGCGGCUUUCCAGAGCUUCCUCAGGGAUGCUGACGUAAAUAGUGUGUGCUUGGCCUACCAGGAGGUGGUGCCUCAUUACCUUGAUCAUGCACACAGCAUGCAACGUAUAAAGGAAGUCGCACAGCGGAUCCGCUCCUCCGAUGCUCAGGUGGUACUACUAAUCCUCAAGGCAGACCUGGUGAAGGCCCUUUUUAAGGAAAUGAUCAGGACCAAAACAUCGAGGACAUGGAUUGCAAGUGAUAGCUGGUCCAGGAACUGGUUGCUUGCCCAAAUGGAUGGUAUUAAUGAGGUUGGGGACAUCUUGGGCUUUACUUUUAUUGCAGGCAAAAGUGAAUCAUUUGAUAAUUAUCUUAAGAAUCUUACAGCAACCCCAGGGGGAUACAACCACUUUAUUGAAGAAUACAAGAACCUGAGAUUCAACUGCACCCCAGAAUGUUUUUCAGACAAGCCACCAUCCUAUUGUCCUGAAGCUAACAUCCUAAAAAUGAAAUCUGAGAAUGCAUGCAAUAUCAAGGAUCCCCAAGAACAAAAUGAUGACUAUCUCGUAACAGCUCUGGAUACAAAUGAAACCCUGUCUAACAAAAUAGCUGUGUGGGCCAUAGCAAAUGCUCUGAAAAACCUGCUCAAGUGCGACAAUUCCUCUUGCCUGGGAGAAAUUAACUUCCAACCAUGGAAGCUUCUCAAAGAACUGAAAAAAGUUAAGUUCAAGCUUGACGACCAAACUUUCUUCUUUGAUGACCAUGGUGAUUUUGUGAGCGGCUAUGAUCUGAUCAUGUGGGAAAAGGAUGGACAGCACAGAAGAUUUCAAAGGAUUGGGAAAUACCAUAUAUCUGAUGAACAAAUAAAACUUGAUGUGAUGAAUAUCACCUGGCUUUCAACAACCAAUGCCACAAUCCCUCAGUCAAGAUGCUCAGCACACUGCCCCCCUGGAAAAAUGAAGAAGAUCUUGAACGUAUCCUGCUGUUACAGCUGCAUCCAAUGUACAGAGGGGAACUACUCAGAUGCCUGGGAUCUUCAUGACUGCAAAAUGUGUCCCAAUGGAACUUGGUCUGGUAAGGGUUGGAGUCAGUGUAAACCAAGAGAGCUGUCCUACCUGAAAUGGAGCGAUCCUCAUCCUAUCACUAUGAUGUCAGCUGCAGCCUUUGGUGUCUUGCUCUUGUUGGCUAUCUUCGUUAUCUUUAUGGUGUACAGAAAUUCCCCACCUAUGAAAAGAGCUGAGGUGAGAUUGUCCUGCGUUAUGAUGCUUGGUCUUGCAGUGAGCUUUGCAAGUGUGAUAUGCUUCAUGGGCGAGCCCAGUGUACACCUCUGCCGGGCCCGCCAGCUAAUGUAUGCAAUGGGCUUCACUCUUUGUGUAUCCUGCAUCCUAGUCAAAGCCUAUCGUACCUUCCUGGCUUUCCUUCCCUUUGGUCGGAUAACAAACAGGCGACUACACAAACUUUACAAGCCACCUGUUAUAAUCUUUCUCAUAACUAUUCUCCAGGGGAUCAUCUGUCUUCUCUGGAUGAUAUUUGAUUCUCCUCAUAUUGAUCGCACACCUCCACCCCCAGAAAGCAUGAAGAAAGUAAUGCAGUGUAGUGAAGGCACCACAUUCAUAGGUUUUGGCAUUAUGUUGGCCUAUAUCGGCCUGCUUGCAUUGGUUGGCUUUCUCUUGGCCUUCAAAGGCAGGACUGUUCCUCAGGAGUUCAGUGAAACAGGCUACAUCAUUUUUAGCAUGCUGAUGUACUUGUUUGUAUGGGCAUGUUUUGUUCCAGUCUAUAUCAUCAAUCGUGAAAAUGCUACUACUGUGCAAGCUUCAGCCAUUUUAGUAUCCAGCUAUGGCGUCAUCUUCUGCCAUUUUUUACCCAAGUGCUACGAAGCAAUUUGGGAGUCAAAGACAGACACACUACAGAGUAUUCUGAGGAGAUGGCGAGCCCGAACAAAUCCAGAUUUUGAUUCAGAGAUAGAGGUAGGUAUAAAUACCCCUGGAAUGAGCACACUCUCAGAAUCAAGUGGCAGGAUUUCUACAUCAAGUACAACAACUAUAUUGAGGAGCUCAGGGACACUGAGCAAUGUCAGCCUAACUGAUUCAGGGGUGGUCAUAAUGCCACAAGGUCACAAUGUCUCUCCUCUGUUUAACACUCCGGGAACAGAAAUUAGACAGAGAAGUAGGAGUAUAUCUUUAUAAAACUGGUUCCUGGAAAAAAAUAUGUGUACUGAGAUUUUAUUAUACCCGUUUGCUCUUUAAACUCUUUUAAAAACUUUUAUGAGAUCUUUGUGUUCAAAAUGUAAAGUUAAAAUAUGCUUUCUGCUGAAAACCCUAUUCUGUUAUAUAGAUGACUGUAUACAAUUACAAGUUGUAUUAAAACAAAAAUGCUCAUUACAUGUUGUCUUGUUGUAAUUAGCUUACAUCACGUGCACAAUUUUUUAUGAAUCAUAAUCCAAAAUCAGAAGAGAGGAUUGAGAGAUUUUAACCUGCAAAAGUGACUGAAGUGAGAAGUGAUUUAUUUUAUUUUUUAACAGGGACUUACAUUAAUCAGCAUGCAAACACGUAAGUCUUCUGGACAACCCACUAGCCUUUUCCCCAGCAAACAUUUUAACAUAUCACAGCAGGAAAAGCACAGGUGUUCCUAAUAAUAUUAAUGAUGGCUCACUGCUGUUCAAGUGCUAGUAAUAUAUAGAGAAACAAAUAAUUUAAUAAUGCAUAUUUUUCAAUGCUGAGUUUAUUUGGAGGAGUUACUGCUAAAAUCAAAAUGAUUACUCAGUCAGGGCUGAUAGAGGAAAGCUUUAUGACUAGCGUCUAACGUGUGACGAGACGGCACUUUUUUUCCACUAGAUCCAUACAUGACAUGCCUUGCACACACCGUGCACCUGCCUCCAGAAGCUUUUGGCACCAGCUGCCAAAGGGCUUGCCAUCACUUCCAACCUCCUCCAUCCACGCCCAGUGCCAUUUAUUUUUGAUACCCUUCUCGACAUCUUUAGUGUCAUUCCUGGGCUUCAUGAACCUGUGGUCCAUCCUGUGGGUUAGGCUACAAUGCUUGUUACUGCAGGCUACAACCCUACUUCUGAUUGGUUAGUAGGCCUAAAGUAGACCUAAAGCUGCUUCUAUUGGAUUCAGAGAAAUGUCAAGAUAAAUCUGGCCAGAACGAAGGGCGUGCACUCUUUCCUUUGUUUCACAGUCAACGGCAGCAUGCCGGAGAUCCAGCGUGCAGUCAUGCAGAUACGCCAGAGAUCAGCGGGAAUGCUAUCAGCCAUGCUUAAUAAAUAAAUUAAUAUGCUCAUAUUAACAUGCACCAAAAAAAUAAAUAAAAUAAAAUAAAUAACACUACAAAUAAAUGCUGGCAUUAAUUGAUGGAUUAAUUGUGAAAAAAUUAUAUUCGCUUCUGAGUUUACCUUUGUAUUAGUUCCUCUAUCUUGAUAAUAUUAAUGAAAGCAGCAGCUAGGCUUCUUGGGUCACCAGGUCUCAGGGGAAGAUAUAUAUCUGUGUGUCAUCUGCGUAGAAAUGAAAAGAGAUAUCAUGAUGUUUGAUAUGGCCCAGUGGGAGCAUGAGGAUGAGUAAGUACCUAUGGAGACCCAGAAGGUUAUCUCUAAAAGGUAAGAGCAAAACCAACCAAGUGCAGUGUCCUUGAUGCCUUUAAGAUGGUUAAUUAAAAUAGUGUGAUCAAAAUCUGCACCAGCUGCAGUGCCUUGCAGUCAGCAACAGAACAGCUCCCAUACCAGACUGUCACACAAUUGGUGAUUGAUGGAGGAAUGCUUAACCCUAACUUAUUGGAAGUGAUAAAUCUGAUAUAUUUAAAGUAUCAAAAUUUCAUGGAUUCAAAUCAGAGGCAGGGAAAAAUCCGAGGUUGUUGAUUCUUGAAUUCAAUUUUUGUGAGUGGCAGCUGAGGGGUGUGCAGAGGGUCUAUGGUAGGAAAUGAUGGUAGUUAUAUGAGUGUGAUUUAACAUUUCCUACUGCGCUGUCGUGUCAUUCCCUCAUUUGGAUAAAGACAAACAGGCCUUGGCAAAAACAGGUGAAACUUGUUAAUAAAUGGGAUCCCAGAGGUAGCCCAGUAGUGUUUCAACCAGGUGUGUAGGGCAAAGCCUCUGGAUUCCCCUGUUGUGGGUGGGGAUGGGGCCUGAGGGGAUGAUUUUGUUACCCGUGGCUAGCAGUGAGUCUUAUUUACCUUCCCAUUUCAUUUUGUGAUUUCUUAAAUUCAUUUACUGGUAAAUGAAUUUACAGCUUCAGAGUUUUUGUAAAAGAGCUGGAAGGGAAAUGACAACACUGCAAUCUGAGGCUGUUACACAAGUGUUGGCAGAUCUUCAGAAUCAGAAUCAGAAAUACUUUAAUAAUCCCAGGGGGAGUCCAACCACUAGCAGGUCAACAGGUCAACAUCCGUCUCCAGAGCUGUUCUUUGGUUGUGAUGUGACAGGUUCAAUCCCGGUCUGCCUGGACAGUGUGGAAGCCAUUAACGGUCUGUAGUGUCCCUGUGCAGCCAUGUCUCUGUGAAGACAUCAGACUGCAUUCAUACUCUGCGUGGCUCCACGUUAGCGCGGUUAGCUCGUCCAUUUGUUGCUAGGAGACCGCACAUGUCAGUAACAACAGAGGGAGACACGGCCCAAAUCCUGUCCUCUCUAUAAGCCCGUCCCGUCCCGACCCUCCUCUGCAUCCUCAGUGUGUUUUCCUCCAGAGUUCAGCUGGUAUAUCAGCUGGUCUUGCUUCUAUGCCGGCCGGCAUUAGCGUGAUCAGCUGUUCCUGGAGUAAACAAAGUUAGCAUGUCCAGGUGGAAGCAGCAUUUUAAAAAAACAACACGAAGA